AUGUUGAGGCAUUCGAAACAGGAGCAACAGAUGUGCCGCAAAAUGCCCGGGGCCUCCUUUGGCUAUGUUUGCGACCAGCACGAUGGCCGCUGCGUGAUUUGUGACCUGCAGUUUGAUGAGGUGCUCCCGUCCAUGCGGGAGGUGCACGUAUGCGACGAUUGCGGCUUUGGAAAGGAAGGCGAGGAGCGUUGUAUCAUGUGCAACUCCGGGAAAACGACAGAAGUGGCGUACUAUUGCCAUUACUGCGUCGCACUGGAGAAGGACCGUGACGGCUGUCCGCGGGUCUUGAACCAGAGCAGACAUCAACGCAUGGCAACAUUACGCACACGGUGA